AUGAGUUCUCUCAAGCAUAAGGUCAUUGCAGUGACAGGUGCAGCCAGCGGCAUAGGUCGUGCGAUAGCUCGUGAGUGCGCCGCUCGUGGUGCUCGUCUUGCGAUUGCGGAUGUUCAACAACAGCCCUUGAAGGAGCUCGCCAAGGAGCUCGAGGCGCAAGGCACAGCAGUCACAGUCACUAUACUCGACGUUUCGAAUUCGGACAGCGUUGACGACUGGAUCAACGGGACUGUUGAGUACUACGGCCAUCUCGACGGAGCGGCGAAUAUUGCGGGGAUCGAGGGCGAUAGUAAGGUCUUCUGCACCAUCGCCGAGCUUGGAAAUCCAGCCUGGGACAAGGUGAUGGGCGUUAAUUUGAAUGGUGUCUUUUACUGCCUGCGAGCUCAACUUCGGGUCAUGAAGAAGGGUGGUUCCAUCGUCAAUGCUGCUAGUAUUGCCGGACUUCGGGGCAGGGCUGGCAUCUCAGCCUACAGUGUGAGCAAGCAUGGAGUCAUCGGAUUGACCCGGUGCGCUGCUGCUGAAGCAGGCUCACAAGGUGUAAGGGUGAAUGCAGUGGCGCCGUGA